UGUUUUAUUGCUUUACUUCCAAAAACCAACUACAGUAUCUCACAUGAAAUUUGUUUUAUAUCUCACCUUCAUUCCCUCACUCAAGUCUUUUUUUAUAACAGCGUAGCAUAGUUUUUCAUGUGAAUGCUUGGUGUGUUAACUGUCUUCAUAAGCAACUUCUUUUCUUUUGCUUUUUUGGCUUUGGGGUUUCCCUUUGCUUUGACUAGUUUGGCACUGGCAACUCCAAACAAACAAACAAACAAAAUAAAAAUUGGCCUUAAAACAAUGGGAAAGCUCAGUUUUGGCAAGAUGUUGGAUUGUUUAUAUUUGUCAUCAAUUUCAGGCUCAUCAUGUUCUUGUUUCUGCAUGAACAAUGCUUUGGAUGAUGAGUUUGAGAGGAAGCCAUUGAUGGUAUCUGAAAAAACCCAGUUGAGACUGAAAGAUGUUGUUUCUGGCAAGCAAACCUUGGCCUUUCAACUUAAGCCUAAGAUGGUGGUACUAAGGGUAUCCAUGCAUUGCCAUGGUUGUGCAAGAAAAGUGGAGAAACACAUUUCCAAGCUGGAUGGAGUGACCUCAUACAAAGUAGACUUGGAAAGCAAAAGGGUGGUUGUUAUUGGUGAUAUAAUCCCUUUUGAAGUGCUUGAGAGUGUCUCAAAGGUUAAAAAUGCAGAGCUUUGGACUUCUUGAUUCCUCGUUGUUGUUAGCCUUUUUAGAGGAUAGUAAAGGAAGUAACAUAGCCAUUACGUUAGUUAAAAUAGCUAUUAAAAAUACUGUGUAAGCUUAUCCUGGUUUAGCUUUGCUAUUGCAUUUUGCAAAGCAGCAAAACAAUCUUGUAAUUACUAUUCGGGAUCCUUGUUUAAUUGUAGUUUUAGUCCCUCUAAAA